CCCCAUUCUUUGUUACACUCAGUUGUAGCUUGCCUGAAUGAAGUGGCUUUAUUGAAGCUGUGUACUGGUAUGGGACCUAGUGGAAACAUUUUCUUCAGCUCCUGGCUUUCGAUAUAAACAGGGUUUUUGUCUAUUAACUUAAACAUUAGUGUGUGAACCUAGUGGAAAAUCGGGUUUAGCUACUUCCGUUAACUUGUCAACCAAGCCUGCUAGCGUUAGCUCGUUAAGCUAGCCUAAUCAGCUGGAUAUCUAAUAAGUAAUAUACAACUAAUCAAUAUCAAAUCAAAGAUGCUGGAGUCAAUGCUGGCCCUGCCCGUGGAGAAGCAGAUCUUCUUGGCCGUACUGGGGUUCUCGUGGACGGUGUACCUAUGGGAGGCUUACCUUUCAUACAGACAGCGGAGGAUCUACAGGUCCACAACUCAGGUGCCACAAGAGCUGGGGAAGAUAAUGGACACGGAUACAUUUGAGAAGUCUCGCCUUUACCAGCUGGACAAGAGCAACUUCAGUUUUUGGUCGGGGCUCUACUCGGAGACUGAAGGGACGCUGAUCCUGGUGCUGGGAGGAAUCCCUUACCUGUGGAGUCUCGCUGGGACCGUCUCAGGGCGCUUUGGGUUUGGUGCGGAGUAUGAGAUAACUCAGUCCCUUGUCUUUCUAACCCUGGCCACCCUGUUCAGUGCAGUAACCGGCCUUCCCUGGAGUAUUUACAGCACAUUUAUCAUUGAGGAAAAACAUGGCUUCAAUCAGCAGACUUUGGGAUUCUUCCUGAAGGACGCUGUGAAGAAGUUUGCUGUGACCCAGUGCAUCCUGCUCCCGGUAACCUCGCUGCUCCUCCACAUCAUUAAGAUCGGUGGAGACUUCUUCUUCAUCUACGCCUGGCUCUUCACGCUGUGUGUCUCCCUGGUUCUGGUCACCAUCUAUGCGGACUACAUCGCUCCCCUGUUUGACAAGUUCACUCCACUGCCGGAGGGAGAGCUGAAGACAGACAUCGAGACCAUGUCCCAGUCCAUCAGCUUCCCCCUUACCAAAGUAUAUGUAGUAGAAGGUUCAAAACGUUCCUCACACAGCAAUGCCUACUUUUACGGGUUCUUCAAGAACAAGCGUAUUGUGCUGUUUGACACCCUAUUGGAGGACUACUCGCCUCUGAACCAGGCCGGAGACCAGGGAGCGGACCCGGAGGGCAAUGACAUGCCCAGCGAGUCUAAAGUCAAACCUAAGAACAAGAAGCAAGGAUGCAACAAUCCUGAAAUCCUUGCUGUUCUGGGCCAUGAGUUAGGCCACUGGAAGCUUGGUCACACGGUCAAGAACAUCGUGAUUAGUCAGAUGAAUUCCUUCCUGUGCUUCUUCCUCUUUGCUGUUCUGAUUGGCCGCAGAGAGCUGUUCCUCGCCUUUGGUUUCAAUGACAGCCAGCCAACACUGAUUGGCUUGAUGAUCAUCUUCCAGUUCAUCUUCUCCCCGUACAACGAGCUCCUGUCCUUCUGCCUCACGGUCCUGAGCCGCCGCUUCGAGUUCCAAGCCGAUGCAUUUGCACUGGGUAUGGGCAAAGCCUCUCAGCUGUACUCUGCCCUCAUCAAGCUCAAUAAGGACAACCUGGGCUUCCCAGUGGCUGACUGGUUGUUCUCCAUGUGGCACUACUCCCAUCCUCCCCUCCUGGAGCGCCUCCGGGCACUGGGCAACGUGAAGCAGGACUGAGAGCAGGCUCUCCUGGUGUCCUUUGGUUCUUUUCCUUUUGCCUCUCUGUUUUAUUCAGUUAAACUUCAGUCGCUACUCAAUUAUCGAAACCAAAACAGCGAAAGCCUUUGCAGCCACAUGGAUCUCCUCAGAAAGCCUCUUUUGUUUCUCUAGGUGAAACACACAGUGCCCUCCUUAGGAGAAACCGAGCACAGGUCAAAGGUUAUCCUCCUUAUUUUCAUUUUGGAUAGGACAGCAUUCCUUUUAUCAUUUAAUUUGAUUUAUUGUUUUACGUUCUCACCCCAAAAGAUAGAUGGCAUUAAAUUGUGAUCUAUUACAAAUGUGUAUUUGCAACUUUAACUCUGAGUUGUGAUUUCUUGUUUUUUUUACUUGCUUUUGCUAUUAAUUUAUUCUAAAAUUGUGGCACGGAAUUAAAAAAUGAUCUACAAGUGUGGUUUGAUUGGUUGCUUCUAAUCUGACAAUGUUGUUGACUGUAACCAUUGUGAAGUUGUUCCUGAAAUGAAAACAUUGCUUGGUAAGACCAAAUUAAUUAAGGAAUGCAUCCAAGUCCAGCUUGACAGGAACGAUGUAGAUUCUGUGUUAUGGUGGAAGAACUUGAGUGCCUCUAAAAACCGUCUUUUAAUAACUUAACCCUCGUCAUAACGGCAUGCAUCGAAAACUUAUUUUCCCCUUAUUUUCUUUUACACUUGUUUUUACAACAAGGAAGAGGUUGUUUGAUCAUGUUAAAUCCACUUGCUUGUUAAUAAGGGUCCAAUAAUGCCUGUAAAUAAGUAAUGUUGAUGAUCGGCAUAAUAAAUGUUCCUUAGGAUAUG